AUGAUCGGUGGCAACAAGAGGGUUGGAUCCAGAUUUGUUAGUCAGGCCGAGCUCGAUUCGGCGCGCGCUAGCGGUAAUCGUGAUUCGUCCACGGAAGAGUACGAUCCACGAUCAUUGUACGAGCGACUUCAAGCACACAAGCAGGCAAAAGAUGCAAGUAUCGAGGACAAGUUCAAGCUAUCAAAUCAGUUUCGAGGUAUCGACGAUGCAGAGGCCGAGUUCUUAGCAGCCAUCGAGGCGGAUAGAAAGCGAGACGAGCUCGAGAGAAAGAGAAACGAGAGCAAGCAGCUCGAGCUGUUUCGCUUAGCCAAAUCAGCCAGCGUAGCAACAAUCGAUCAAUCCAAGAUCGGCAAGCAUGAGACUUUGCACCAGAACCCGACCAAUGCGGUCCACACCAAGGAGAAUCACGCAAUGCAGCCACCCAAGCAGGCAACACUACCCGAACCACCAACAACCAACAAGAAAAAGCGCAAGCCCAAUUCCUCAGCCUUGCUGGGCGUCGUCAAGAGAAAACCACCCGUCAGUCCGGCUUCCGCUACUGCAUCUGCCAAGCCCACUGCCGCCCCUUCGUCCACAGCAGCACAAGCAGCUCCAAAAGUGACCAUAGCCAACGACCAUUCUGACAAACCGUGA